CAACAGUUUGAAAACUUAACAGCUCUGUCAUCCGCUGGUAGUGAGCUUUUUAUAGCAACCCAGGGAGCUUCUGAAAAUGGUGUCUUGGAAAAUGAUGUCUUGGAAACUGGUAGCUGUUGUGUGUACUGUAGUGUUUCUAGUCCUAGGAAUCUUAAUUGGAAAGUUUGGUAUUCCUCCUGACCUCCCCAGCUGGCUCAGGGGAAUGAGUAUUGAUGGAGACAGCAGCCUCACAGAAAGACUCAUGAAGGAAAUCCGUGCAGACAACAUUGAGAAAAACUUGAAGUACUUCACACAAAAAGCUCAUAUCGCUGGCAGCCCCCGAGAAGAAGAAGAGCUGGUUAAUUAUAUUUUUAAUGAGUGGAAAAGUCACCUUGAUAGUGCUCGGAUCUACCCCUACUCUGUACUACUCUCCUAUCCAAAUGCCAGUGACCCAAAUUACGUAGCUGUUCAGCUUGAGAAUGGCACUGAAGCUGACGUGUCGGCCAAGGUGGAGAAAAUUCUCAACCCAGACCAGGAGGAGGACCCCACUGUUGUAAACCCUUUUAAUGCUUACUCUCUUCCCGGCACUGUCGUGGGGGAUCCUGUUUAUGUAAACUAUGGGACCAUUGAAGACUUCACAUACAUGAAGAGGAAUCUUUCAAUUGAUCUGAAUGGAACAAUUGCAAUUGCUCGCUAUGGGAAAAUUUACAGAGCGGACAAGGUAAAACAUGCAGCAGAGUUUGGCUGUGUUGGGAUGGUACUGUACUCAGACCCUGCAGACUAUGCAGUUGACAGUGAGGUGAGGGUGUACCCUGAUGACUGGUGGUUGCCUGGUACAGGAGUUCAGCGUGGGACUGUCCUUCCCAGAGACGGGGAUCCUUUGACACCAUAUUACCCAUCAAUAGAGUCUGCAUUUUACCAAAAAGAGAGUGACUCUUUUAGUGUAUCUGCGAUCCCAGUUACUCCAAUAGGAUAUGAUGAUGCUAUUAAAUACCUCAGAAAAAUAUCUGGACCAGAAGCAAACAGCACAUGGCAAGGGGGUCUGAAUGUGACAUAUCGACUUGGUCCAGGAUUUAUUCCUCCUUAUAGCAACAGAUCAAUAUGUUGUCCUUGGAAACUAUCGAGACGCCUGGGUGUUCGGAGCUGUUGACCCCUCCAGUGCCUCUGCAGCUAUGAUGGAACUCAGUAGAGCUUUUGGGGAACUGCUGAAAGAUGGUACAGUAAUUAAAGGAGCAGUUACUGCUCCUGCAAACACAAGAUGCACAGUAUGCUAUGUCGAAUCUGAUAACCAACUAGUGACAAGUAC